AUGCUGUCGGAUUCCACCCCUUUACGCAGAGCAAGUUCCUAUUCUGGGGAUUCUGACAAAGUCUUAAAGAGGAAAAUCUUGUCUUUUACAUCUGAGGCCACUGCCGCCAUCCCUGGAAUGAAGGGAAUCAAAGAAAGCAUUGAGAGACUUGCAGAGAGAGCUUCUCGUCAGUCUUAUUCACUUUCUAGCAGUUCCAGUGAAGGCGUCGUCAAAGAGACAAGAGAAAUUCAGUUUAUUACACCUCAUAAAAAAAGAAUUAUUAAAGAUGAAAGAGUUUUAUUAGUCAGUCACACCAAGGUUCCCCUCGCCAUAUAUUCUGUGAUACCUUACAGCAAGGUCAAUCAACAAGGAUCUAAACCAGAGCUUUAUCAAGAUGAUUUGCGCAUGCGACAUCCUUCAGGACAACGUGCUUCCACCUGCAACUAUGACACAUUCAAUCUUGACAUAAUUGAUAAGGUGGAAGGACAGCAGGAUAUUUCCUACAGCCGUUUCUUGGUGCCAACCUCUCAACAAUCUAUUAUGUGGAAGACCCAUACGGAACUCCCUUCUGCUGUGGCCCUGGGAACUGGAUUCACAGGUCUCUGCUCUGAGCCUCCAUCAGGUCGAGAAGUGUUGCGUAGUAUAUCUCAUGACUCCCAAAGAGUAAGCAGUGUGCCACCCUUAGAGACAGUUGUGGAAGAAGAUGAGCUCAAAUAUGAACCAUAUCUGUUGGAUGAUCCAGAGCUCCAAGCCGGCAGUUAUCGUACACUUUUGACUUUUCCAUCAUACAGAACGUCCAUUAUUGAUUAUGUGAAGCCUUCAAGUUUAAAAAAGGAAUUAAAUGAAAAGUUCCGAGACCGUUUCCCACAUAUCCAGCUCACCCUGAGCAAAUUGAGAAGUUUGAAAAGACAGAUGAAGCAAAUUGCAUAUGUAAAGUGCAAUGCAGAUCUGUGGAUUGUGGCUCAAGCAUAUGUAUUUUUUGAGAAACUAAUCCUUAAACAUUAUAUAAACAAACAGAACCGGAAACUCUGUGCUGGUGCCUGUUUACUUCUCUCAGCCAAAUUGAAUGAUGUAAAAGGACUUGAUGUCACUAAACUCAUACAGCAAAUGGAAGAUGAUUUCCGGUUUCACAGGAAGGAGUUACUUGCCCUUGAAUUUACCUGUCUCGUUAAACUUGAAUUCUCACUGCAUUCUCCUGAUAUGGAAGUCUAUCCCCACUAUCAACGUCUUCUCUACAAUUCUUGA